GCCUCACCUCUCCCUGCCUCUGCGUGGCUCGCAUCUCUCCUCCCAUCGGUGAGUGGGCUGCAGGUCCAACGCGCUCUCCGUCAUCCGGCUGGCUGAGCGCACCGGAGGCGACUGGCGGACUGACUGCGGAAAGAUGCGUCGAUGCGCCCCGCAGAGCCGCAGCGAAUGAGGCGCGGCGCAGGAGCCGGAGUAACGGGUCCUGGGUGUGUGGUUACCCCGCUCUCUGACGGAUCGGACCGGACGCUGAUUUGACUGAUUCUGUGGCGCAGGCCGACUGGAAAUGAUGCGAUCCCAGUUCAGGAUGUUCCACCAGCUUCCUCUGUAAACAAUGAAGAUGUGGAAGGACCUUGAAUAAAUGCUAAUGAACUAAAAUCCCGAACAUCUGAUCAGCCUCGUUGCUUUCACUGCCCGAUCGGCCCUGAGAGACGCGAGUCCAGCUGACAGAGAGGUCAGAAAACAGCGUCACGGCGCACCGGCGUGGAAGAAAACAAAAUCCUCAUUACCUCCACUCUCAUCAGCGGAGACAGCAGGACACGUAACCUGCUUGUUCCUCUGCGUUUACUCAGCGACUGGAGCUUUUCCACCAUCAGAGGGAACUGCCAAGAUGCAAGAUUAAAAAGAUCAGCUCAUUGUUUUGGUUUUAUUGUUGUCGGAGUUUCCAAAAGGGACGUUUCGUCACGCACAGGGUGCUUUGUCUGAAUUAUUGGAGCUGCCGUGCUUUGAAUUGAGAUUAGAUUACUGAGUCUGGCAGCGUUUCUUCUCACAAAUGAGAAUUCAGCUCAACCUGAAAAUCACAGCACUGAGUCAAACAAGCCAAAUUAGUUGAAAAACUUGUUCCCCUCCUCGCCUGUGGGGGCGCUGCACCAAGAACGACUGAAAGAAACGACACAAAAACCUUUGAAGAGGAGCGUCCUUCACAAAGUGUAAACAAAAACGGAGAAGUUUCACAUUUUAGCAGUUGUAGGAUUUCUCUUUUGUCUUUAGGAAAAUACCACAAGCCAUUUUACCCGCUAGCGCUACAUUCUUGUUUGUUUUGGUUGAAACGAACAAGAGUACCCAGAAUGCCCUGCACUGUUUUCCACUUCCUGCUUUUGGAGCGGCCUUCCGUCCGCUUGGUGUUCAUAUAUGCAUUCAAACGCGUCCAACCAAACCGAGGAGGUUUUUAGGUUCGCUUUUUGUGGUCCGCAUCAGACGACCGAACCGAACUUUCUAAGCAAAAGAACUGAUUAAAACGAACUAAACAGGCUGGUGUGAGGAAACAACCAUAAAACUUAGAUGAGGCCAACAACAGGCGCCAUGCUUCAGCAGAACAACAACAACAACUACCCCUGCCUGGGCAUGUCGGACUGCCCCCGGGAGAUGCUCCAGAGGUGCUCCAGAACCUCGCUGCCCUUCCCCAGCCGAGUCGAGCUGGGCCUGGGAGACCUGCCGCUGAUCCGCGGCCUCCGAGCCUGGGCGCUGUGCUCCAGGAACCGCCGCAAAGCCGGAGGUCUGCUCGGUGGAGGUAAACCGCCGACUGCCCCGCCGCUGGGAGGUAAAGGGACGUCGACGUCCUGCCCGAGGCCUGCCGACGUGUACCUGAGCGGAUAUGGUUUGCCGCUGGGCGUCGACGCCCGGCAGGCCGGGAUCGGCGCGCUGGUAACGGUCGCCACGUUGAAGACGUCGGAAGGUGGCGGGAAGACGCAAACGCAAUGCCUGUUCCUCCGGACGGAGAAGGGGAGCUGUUUAUACUCAACCGCCAAGCCCGGUUCCGGUUCGACUUCCAGCACGGUCGGACAGUGGUUGAGAGGAAAGCGAGAAGGAUUAGGAGGAGGAAGUGCGGAGCCGCCGCCGACAGAGGCAGCAGCGAACCGGGUCAGGGUGCGGUCCGGCCGGAGGUGGAGGAAGUCCGGCAUCGGCCGGGAAAGGAGCUGCAAAACGGCUGAAGGAAAGCAGUCGGAGCGAUUCGAUGUUCCACCCGAAACUCGCACUCGAAAAAACAGCCGGGAUGAUCGAGAGGUAGCCGAAAGUCCGACAAGAAGAACGGCGACUGAGCUGGACCUGGACGGGAAGGAAGCAGAGGAGUUGGACUCCAAAAACGACUCGGCUGUUGAUGGAGAGAAAGGAUCCGAAAGACUUCAGGAGAGGCAAAAUCCCCCCAUUUCUGGCUGUAAAUCCAAACAAAACGAAGCAGAACUGGAGUCCUCCUUUCCUGUAGGGGGUGCUGAUCAGGACGUAAUCCAGGUCUGUAUAAACUUGGAUCACCAAAACCAACGUAAAGUUGAACAUGAAGAGGAAACAAAUAUUGGCAGCGAUGAGGAAACCAGAGAACCUCAUAUUUUCCAAAAACGUGAAGAAAACAACAAUUUUCAGGAGGAGGAAGAGGUUUUCUGUUCGCCUGUCAGACAGAAAAAUCUCUCGAUUUCUGAGAAAUCAGAGAAAGUCAAGGAUGAGUGCGCCUGCAGGAAGCUGGAGGAUGAAGAGGAAAACGCAUCAACCUUGGUUUUUAAUGCCUCCUCUAAUCCUGCCCCUUCUCUGGCUUCCAUGGCGACCAGUGGGGAGGAAGAGGAGGAGGAGGAGAAAGACGGCCAAAAACAGAGAAGGAGUCCAAGUGGAGAGCUGGAGGAGAAGGCAGAGGAGGUGAGGGUCUCCUCCACUGAGGAGGAAGAGGAGGAUGAGUUCGGGGUCUUCAUGCAGGCGGAGGGAGACCUGGCCUGGAGCCACGGGGUCAACAUGUCCGCCUCGGAACCUUCUGGGAGCAGAGCGAGAAUUGCAGGUGGAGACGACACCUGGACGGCCUUCCCUCAGGAGCCGACAGGUGAGAGUGGAGAUGGCGUGGAGCGAUGGUGGCCGGCCAACGCCGUGGAGGCGAGGAGAGAUGGACCGCCAACCAAUCACAGCCUGGUGGCAGUCUUUGCUGAAGCCUUCCCCUCGCUGCCCAGUGUUUCCCCUGGUGUCCCCUGUGACCUGGAAGCCGUGCCCACGCUGACGCAGCUCCUCCGCGGCCAAGCCAGACAGGAUCAAGGGCUUUUGGACUCUUUCCAUGAUCUGAACAAAAUGAUCGACCAGAGCCACAAGAAAUCCAGCAGCGCGUCUCAGAACCUGGUCGUCCAAACCCUGCAGCUGCAGCCGCCGCUUCCUGAAAGCAGAUCUACUUCCUGGUCGACGAACCGCCGCCUGUCCCCCGGCCUCUCCUCGGCCAAUCAGCACGCAGCCGCCAAGCGCCGGCUGUCCUACGACUACAACAGAAACGUCGUGGCGUGACGCUGCGGCGCGCGUUUAAGGAUCAUGUUUCCCUUGUUUGCACUCCGGUUAAUUUACACACAGAGGACUGAGAGACGCUCUCCGGAAAACGGAGCGGCCGCUGCUCCAGAAACGACGUAGACGGGCGGAGCGUGUUUGUUUCCCUCCAUCCGCCAUCUUGUUCCUCAUCCUGAGGUUGACCUGUUGACCCCAGCAGACCCACGGCGCUCGCCACCAUGUUGAGAAAACAGACGGGCAGAAAUAUUAACAAAAUUACAUCCCAAUAAAUCAAAUGGGAUUUUCUCCA